ACGAGGUCAACGACGACACCCGACGACGCCGCCGCCAACUUCUUGACCAGCGCUGCAGAGGUCCGAGAACAGACAAAAUGGCGAACAACAGAUUGCAAUACCGGAGACGGAACCCGUACAACACGCGGUCCAACCAGGUCCGCAUCGUCAAGACCCCCGGCGGCGAGCUCCGGUACCUCCACAUCAAGAAGAAGGGCACUGCUCCCAAGUGCGGUGACUGUGGCAUCAAGCUCCCUGGUGUUCCCGCCCUCCGCCCCCGUGAAUACUCCCAGAUCUCCCGCCCCAAGAAGAACGUCAGCCGUGCCUACGGUGGUUCCCGCUGCGCCGGAUGUGUCAAGGACCGCAUUGUCCGUGCUUUCUUGAUUGAGGAGCAGAAGAUUGUCAAGAAGGUCCUCAAGGAGUCUCAGAAGGCCGGAAAGCGCUAAACGGAAAUGCAUUAGCUACGGGUGUUUUUGUCAUUUAGUGGGCGCGAAAUGAUAUGAGAACAAAAAAAGAAAUUUAUUCUCGGCUGGGAA